AGCUAACGUCACAUUAGCUAGUUAGCUGACGAUACUGCAGCAGAGAUGGAUGACGGUGACGAGCCGGCGAUAGUCCUCUCGCACAACACUUCUUCAGGCUCUAAGUCCGGCGGGGACAAGAUGUUUUCCCUUAAGAAGUGGAACGCAGUGGCUAUGUGGAGCUGGGACGUGGAGUGUGAUACGUGUGCCAUUUGUCGGGUACAAGUGAUGGACGCUUGUCUGCGGUGCCAGGCGGAAAACAAACAGGAGGACUGUGUUGUUGUAUGGGGGGAGUGCAACCACUCCUUCCAUAACUGCUGCAUGUCCCUUUGGGUGAAGCAGAACAACCGCUGCCCCCUCUGCCAGCAGGACUGGGUGGUUCAGAGAAUCGGCAAAUAAGCUCCAAAGUCCAGACGGCCUGAGUCUCAAACGACACCUGUGUGCACCCAAAAGUGGUGACAGACCUGACAAUGAUCACUGGAGCGUCCUGUGCAGCCACUGACACCGACAACUGUCGUCCUACUUAUGAAUGCAUGUUCCAGUAGUCCUGAUGUCUAAGGAGGACGGUGGACUAAAUUAAAGCAGACUUGUUGGCCACUGAAUGGUUGAUGUGUCUGGAGGUAUCAUGGAGAGAAGGAUGAACCUCGUUACGGUGUUUGGUCACAUGUUAGCUUGACGUUUUUGUCCGUGGUGGUGUUCAGCACAGCUUGAAUAUGUGACUUUCUUUUUAAAAAAUAAAGAACUGUAUAUAGCUGUAAA